GUUUUUCGUGCUGAUGAUUCGAUGCCCAUGAGGCCGCCACUUGACGUUUCUCCACGGCGUUCUGCGGGUCGGUGAUGGCCUCGGCUGAGUGCGGCUGGUAGGAGGGCGUUGGUUGCAUUCAUCGCCAUUCGGCCACCCGCCUCUGUAGCUUUCCCAUGGCGUCUAAGAGGCGUCUGGAUCUCCCGGACGGUCCGCAGCCUGCCUCGCGCUUUCGCUAUGCAGGGCCCAACGACCCGUUGGCGCCGCCAUGCAGCGCUGACUUCACGUGAGAUGGAUGCAUGGCAGGCAGCGAGGGAGAGGUCACGGCGUUGGUGGUGGUGGUGGUGGGUUGGGAUGGCUCUCUUGUGUUGGUCUCUUUCAGGUAUGCGUUCGACUUAGCCAUCGCUAACGUGCUGUGCAAGGUGAAACCUGGCGAUGACAUUGAAGUCAAGGUACGUGUGGGAGGGGCCACGCGAUGAUGCUCGAUGCUCCUCUUUCCCUCAUCCAUCCAUCCAUCCAUCCGAUGUGUGUGCCUUCCCUCACCCCCCCAGUGGUACAUUGCCAAGGACGGUGAGAACGAAACCCAGCAGUCGGCGUCGACCGCUGCCCCGUCGGCCUCCCCUCCCGCCCCGGCCCCUAUGCACGACGGGUCAUCAGAGGAGUCGAGCACGGCCGCAGCGACCACCACCAACGUGUCGCCCACUGAGAGCAAGGCGGAGGGCGGCACUGAUGACAAGGAGGGGGGAGACAAUAGGGACGAGGAAGAGGGUGAGAGAGAGAAAGGAAAUCGACUCACAUAGGGGGUGGGUCGAUGGAUGGAUGGAUGGAUGCCAUUCAUGGGCCUGUGUGUGUGUGUGUGUGUGUGUGUGUCAGAGGAGGCGGGGCAGCCGGUAUGGUUUCGUGCGACGGUAGAGGGCCCGGAUGGGGAGAAGAGGGACCCUAGCGGCAGGCGACUCUGGAAGGUAGGUACCCACACCUACACCUACACACACAGACCAUCCAUCUAUCCAUCCAUCCAUCCAUCCAUUCUGUCACACACAUCCCACAGCUUUGCUACGCCCCUCUAGUGGAGUUCAGCGGCGAGACGGCCUCGGUGUCGUUCAUCACUCGCCACCUGCUGUUCGACCCCCGCCACUCGGGUCUGUUGUCGUGGCGGCGUGAGGGCGAGGACUAUGAGGACGAGGAGGAGGAGCACGAGCUGUCCGAGCAGGACUCGACGCUGGAGUUCAUCGAGGGGCUCAAGGCACAGGAGGCCUGCCAGCUGAUCAACCCGGAGGAAAUGGCGGUCAGGCAGCCACAGAGAGAGAGAGGCGCAACCGAGACAGGAAGGGAAUGGUCGAUGAAUCGCUGAUGGUCGAUGGGUGUGGUCCGAUGGUGUGUGCAGGGUUCUGUGUUGGAGGGGGACUUGGGCGACCAGCUCCGCGGCCUCCCAAUGACGCAGCAGAUCCAGGUCGUCGACCACAUCAAGUCCAUCACCAAACGGUUCAAGGUGACUAUAUUGCGCUCCCCACCACCUGGACGGCUGUCUUGUUGCAUCCAUCCAUCCAGCCAGCCAUCCAGCCAUGCAUCUGUCCACCUGUGUGUGUGUCAGGAGCGGUUGCGUGAUUUGGUAGCUACCAAGGGCGCCGAGUACGUGUUGACGGCGGGCGAUGUGCAGAGUCUGGAGAGGGAGUUGCGGGAGGCCAGGCAGCGGCUGCGACAGGGGAACCAGUCCUAAUCGACCAUGGUUGUUUGUUGCUGAACACACCUCCUCCUCUAAAG